AUGUGUUUUGGUCUAGAUGAUGAUGAGGAUGUUAGAUUUACACAAGGGGGCAAUGAGGAGGCAAAUUCAAGUAAGGAUGAGGAUUAUGAUCCUCAAUUUGAUGAUGAGGAUUAUGACCACUAUGGAACUGAGGAUGAAGAUUGGUUGGAAGAAGCAGAGAUGGAGGCAGCUUCAAAAGCCAAUACUUCAAGGGUCGGAUCAAAGGGUCAUCAGUCAACAGUGGAAGAGGAUUUAGGGCACUUUUCUGAUGAUGAGGAUAUGUUUAGGGAGGUUGGUUCAGAUGAUGAACAACUGCAAUAUGCCAUUAAUUCUGAUGGAGAGUUAGAGGAUGUGGGGAUUGAAUUCAACCCUCUAACUGAUAUGAAAAAACCAAAGUUUUGCUUGGGAAUGAAGUUUGCAGAUGUAAAGGUAUUGAGGGAUGCCUUAAGAGAGAUGGCAAUUCAGGGAGGAUGGGAAUAUGUCUAUAUCAAGAAUGAUAAGACCAAGUUAAGGGUGGUGUGCAAGGAGGAUAACUACCCUUUUUUUUUGUUUGCCUCAAAAAUGCAACAUGAAAGCACUCUUCAGAUGAAGGAGUAUGUAUCAACUCACAAGUGUACAAGAAAGUUCAACAAUAGCAUGGUUCGGAUGAGAUACCUAACUGCAAAGUUCAAGGACCAGAUUGCUCUUAACCAAGAGUUAACACCACAUUCUCUAGCUAAGAUCAUGUCAGCUACCAUUAGAGCUAGAGUUUCAAGGUCCCAGAAUUAUAGAGCUAAAAGAGCUGCCAUGUUGGAGGUUGAGGGAUCCAUUAGAGAGCAGUAUGCUAGGCUGAGGGAUUAUGGGAUGGAGCUGCAUAGGGUUGAUCCAGCAACAACAAUAGACAUAAAAUGUGACUUCAACAACCGAGAGAAGCUACCCAUAUUCAAAAGAAUGUAUAUUUGCCUGGGAGCUUUAAAGGAGGGGUUCAAGGCUGGAUGUAGAGCAGUUAUUGGACUUGAUGGAGCACAUCUUAAAAGUUGCUUUGGGGGUCAGCUUCUAACGGCUGUCGGAAUUGAUGCCAACAAUACUUCUUGGGUUGUGGCAUAUGCAAUGGUGGAGCUGGAAACCAAGGAUAGCUGGACUUGGUUUCUUGAAUUGUUGGUGAAGGACCUGAAAAUCAAAUUCUGUGCAAGACAUUUAUGGACAAACUUCACCAAGCUGUUUCCUGGAAAGGUUAUGAAGGAUCAGAUGUGGAAAGCAGCAAAGUCAACAACUUUGCCUUACUUUAUAAAGGAAAUGGAGGAGAUGAAGUCCCUUGAUGUUGAUGCUUAUAAUUGGUUGACAGCACCCGAGAGGCCACCCAAACAUUGGUCCAGAGCUUACUUCAGACCAGGCAACAAUUGUGAUGUCCUCAUUAACAACAUGUGUGAGAGCUUUAAUGGCCUUGUUGUACAUGUAAGGGGUAAGCCACCUAUCACAAUGUUUGAAGAGAUACAGAUGAAGUUAAUGAGGAGGGUUCAAAGGAGGAAAGACAAGAUGGCAGCUUAUGAAGGAACUAUCUGUCCAAAGGCCAGAAAGGUUAUAGAGAAGAAUAAGAUCAAGGCUGCUGAAGACUGCAUUUCAACAUUCAAUGGUGCGGACCAAGCAGAAGUGGAGAACAUUAAGGGUUCCAAGAAUGUUGUUGACCUUGCUGCAAGGACAUGCAGUUGCAGGUAA